UCCUGCUCGUUACCGCGAGAACAGGCGCCGGUUACACACGGCACGCACCCGCUCGUCUUCGUCUCCUCCACCUCCACCUCCGACUCCCGCGGCCUCCACUCCACCGGCCCCUCGCCGCGGCGCGCGUGCGCUCCCGAUGAUCACGUUCGCGGACCUGACGGAGCCGGCCGCCGAGCGCGGCGUGGACCGGCAGCUGUGGCUGGCCUGCGCGGGCGGGAUGUGCACCGUGCCGCCCGUGGGCGCCGGCGUCUACUACUUCCCGCAGGGCCACGCGGAGCACGCGCGGGGCCUCGCCGGGGCGGCCGACCUCUCCGCGGCGCGCGUCCCGGCGCUCGUCCCCUGCCGCGUCGCUGCCGUGCGCUACAUGGCCGACCCGGACACCGACGAGGUCUUCGCCAGGAUCCGCCUCGCCCCGCUCCGCGCCGGGGAGGCGGACGCCGGCCCCGACGACGACGCGGCCACGGACGGCGAGCGGGAGAAGCCGGCGUCGUUCGCCAAGACGCUGACGCAGUCCGACGCCAACAACGGCGGCGGGUUCUCCGUGCCGCGGUACUGCGCGGAGACCAUCUUCCCACGGCUCGACUACGCGGCCGACCCGCCCGUGCAGACCGUCGUCGCCAAGGACGUGCACGGGGUCGCCUGGAAGUUCCGCCACAUCUACCGGGGCACGCCGCGCCGGCACCUGCUCACCACGGGGUGGAGCACGUUCGUCAACCAGAAGAAGCUCGUCGCGGGGGACUCCAUCGUGUUCCUCCGCGGCGACGGCGGGGACCUCCACGUCGGCAUCCGCCGCGCCAAGCGCGGGUUCUGCGGCGCCGGCGGGGGCGGGGGCGAGGAGGCCCCGUUGCCCGGGUGGGACCACUACGCGGGCAUGGUGCGGGGCAAUGUGAGCCCGUGCGGGGCCGCCAAGGCGCAGGGCAAGGUGCGCCCGGAGGACGUGGCCGAGGCCGCGAGGCUUGCCAGCGGCGGGCAGCCGUUCGAGGUGGUGUACUACCCGCGCGCGAGCACGCCGGAGUUCUGCGUGCGCGCCGCGGCGGUCCGCGCGGCGAUGCGGGUGCAGUGGUCCCCCGGGAUGCGGUUCAAGAUGGCGUUCGAGACCGAGGACUCCUCCCGGAUCAGCUGGUUCAUGGGCACCGUCGCCGGCGUCCAGGUCGCCGACCCCAUCCGCUGGCCGCAGUCGCCGUGGCGCCUCCUUCAGGUGACCUGGGACGAGCCGGACCUCCUGCAGAACGUGAAGCGGGUGAGCCCGUGGCUAGUCGAGCUCGUGUCCAGCAUUCCGGCCAUCCACCUAUCCUCCUUCUCGCCGCCGCCCAAGAGGCCCCGGAUCCGGGCGUACCCCGAGUUCCCCUUCGAGGGACAGCUCCUCAACCCAGCGUUCCCGCCCAACCCGCUGCCACACGGCCACCAUUACCUCCACACACACCCGUCCUUCUUCCCGUUCCCGGACGGCAGUGCUCCUGCAGCCAUACAGGGAGCCAGGCAUGCGCAAUUUGUUCCACCUUUAUCAGAUCUCCACCUUACCCACCUGCAGUCGAGCCUGCUGUACCCCGGGCUCCGCCGCCCCGAUCACGUCGGUCCGGCGACCCCUCUCCCGGCGAGAAUCAGCACCGACCUGACCAUCGGCGCCGUGCCGGCGCGCGACGACGUGUCGUGCGCCCUGUCAAUGGGCGCCAGCAACAACAAGAAGCCCGGCGCCGCCAAGCCGGCGGGGCUAGUGCUGUUCGGCCGGACCAUCCUGACCGAGCAGCAGAUGAGCCUCAGCGGCUCCGGCGGCGCGACCUCCCCGGCGGCGACCGGGAACAGCUGGAACGCCGAGAAGGGCCCCAACGUCUCGGAGGGCUCGGGCUCCGGCUCCGGCGUCACCCAGAACAGCCCGACCAAGAACUGCUCGUCGUCCGAGCGGCUGCCGUGGUACAGGUACGCCUCCGAGGUCGCCGGGCUGGAGCCCGGGCAAUGCAAGGUGUUCGUCGAGUCCGACACGGUCGGCCGCAACCUCGACCUCUCGGCGCUGGGCUCGUUCGAGGAGCUCCACGGCCGCCUGUCCGAGAUGUUCUGCAUCGAGAGCGCGGAGCUGCGGAGCCGCGUGCUCUACCGCGGCGCCGCCGGUGACGUGAAGCACGCCGGCGACGAGCCCUUCAGCGUCUUCGUCAAGUCGGCACGGAGGCUCACGAUACUAACCGAUGCCGGGAGCGACAACCUAGGGAGCUAAACGAGGAGCAGUGACCAAUCCAAGCCGCAAGCAUUCCGUUCUUGGUAGUACUGCUACUACUAGCAUGUACAGGUGAACCCGCGAGGUUUUGUCCAACUCCGUUCCAGCUCUGAAGAGAGAGGGACAGAUCUCCCCGUGGCAGCUCGCAAGCAAUGCCACAAUCAUUAGCCACUUCUCCCCUUCCGUUCUCCCCGUGUAUCCUUCCUCCCUGUCAAAUGUAAAACCGUGGGGGUAACCCUAGCACUCAUCCUGUCCAUUCCUUGUCUGUAGUCUGAAUCUUUGGUCAUUCCGAUGCUCCUGUUGGCUCGA